GCCAGUGCCUUGCGUGUUCUUUUCGGAAAAUGCCUCAACGAUGCGCUGCCGUUGGUUGCACAAACUCCAGUAGGAAGUCCGAGAAGAAGAGAUUCUUCAGGUUUCCUGCAGGUUCCCUUCAUGCAGCGAAGAGAGCGAAAUGGGUGCUGGCGAUGUGCCGUGUUAAUGAAGACGGCUCUCCGUGGGAACCGACUGCCAACUCACGAGUGUGUAGCGAUCACUUUCUGACAGGAAAGCCGUCUCGUUUCAUUGACCAUCCCGAUUACGUGCCGUCAGUUUUCAAGCACAAGAAAUCCAAGAGCGUGGGUGCGCUUGCACGCUUCGAGAGGCUGAAAAACAGACAAGGCGUUGCACAGAGCCAGUGUGCUUCCACGAGCGAUACUCCACAGAGGGGUACAACUGUCAUGCAGAGUUCACCGGCUGCAGCCAUGGAUGCAGCAGAAGUCGGAACAGAUAGAGAAGAAGCCGAAGGUGGAGACACAUUUGUGGAUUGUGUGCCAGGACAUGAUAUCAGCGAGCAGUACACGUCGCUGGAUAAAGGCUGCCAGACUGACGAUCAUCUGAGGAAGCGCAUUCAACAGCUUGAGGACCGCUUGAAAGCAGAAAAGCACAGAAAUUCUCAACUUGUGGCGCAGCUGUCUACGGCCGAGGGUAAUGCUGAGCAUUGGAAGGCAUGCUUUUAUGAACUGCAGUCAACCAGUCUCUGCCUUGAUAACAUGCAAACUACCGAAGAUAUGCUGUAUUAUACUGGCCUGCCCUCACAAGUCAUCUUCAGGCACAUUCUGGACUUUGUGGUAAAGCGAAAUCCACACCUUGCCAAGGGUGAAGACAGAGGAACACAGAGUGUUGAAGAGCAAAUGUUUAUGGUGUUGGUCCGCCUCCGUACUGGCAUGCAGACGAAGGAAGUGUCGCGGAACUUUUCAGUCUCUAUGGCUACCUUCAGUCGCACCUUCUCACGGUGGAUCCUCGCAAUGCAGAAAGAGCUGGUUGCACUCACUAGUUUUCCAUCUCUUGUGGAAGUCCAGCAGCAUAUUCCUCCACAUUUCAAGCGGUAUCCAAAUACUCGCAUCAUACUUGACACCACAGAGAUCCGGAUACAAAAACCUUCAGGUCAUCAUGCCCAGAGGGAAACCUUUUCUAAUUACAAGUAUGCAAACACAAUGAAGUGCCUGGUAGGAGCAACGCCGGACUGUUAUGUGAGCUUUGUCUCAGCACUCUAUGGUGGAGGAACCAGCGAUCGGGCCAUCGUGCAGCAGUCAGCACUGCUUGAUCUUUAGAACCAGGUGAUGGUGUUAUGGUCGACAAAGGAUUCAAAGUGUAUGAUCUUUUGCCCCCAGGUGUUGAUCUGUAUAUGCCUCCGUUUCGUAUCCCUGGUGAGGCACAGAUGAGCGCUAAGGACGUCGAGAGAACACGACAUGUA